AUGUAUUUUUUCUCUGGUCUAACCUCUUCCCUACAGGGCAUCUUCAACCAGUUUCAGUGUAGUAGUGAGAAAGUGCUUCCAUCUGACACUCUCCGCAGUGCCCUGGCAAAGACUUUCCAGGAUGAACAGCGUUUCCAGCUGGGAAUUAUGGAUGAUGCUGCAGAGUGCUUUGAAAAUCUCCUGAUGAGAAUUCAUUUCCACAUUGCUGAUGAAACCAAAGAGGAUAUAUGUACUGCCCAACACUGCAUCUCCCACCAGAAAUUUGCAAUGACAUUGUUUGAGCAGUGUGUAUGUACUAGCUGUGGUGCCACUUCUGAUCCAUUGCCUUUCAUCCAGAUGGUGCAUUACAUCUCCACCACUUCCCUUUGCAAUCAGGCUAUUUGUAUGUUGGAAAGACGAGAAAAACCUUCACCAAGCAUGUUUGGUGAGCUGCUGCAGAAUGCCAGUACCAUGGGGGAUCUGCGGAACUGUCCGAGCAACUGUGGAGAGAGGAUUCGGAUUCGCCGUGUGUUAAUGAAUGCUCCACAGAUUAUCACAAUUGGGCUAGUAUGGGACUCGGACCACUCAGACUUGGCAGAAGAUGUCAUUCACAGCCUAGGCACCUGCCUUAAACUGGGUGAUCUGUUUUUUAGAGUGACAGAUGACCGGGCCAAGCAGUCUGAACUGUACUUAGUAGGAAUGAUCUGUUAUUACGGCAAACACUAUUCUACAUUCUUUUUCCAAACAAAGAUCCGCAAAUGGAUGUAUUUUGAUGAUGCUCAUGUCAAGGAGAUUGGGCCCAAGUGGAAGGAUGUGGUGACCAAAUGCAUCAAGGGGCAUUAUCAGCCUUUGUUGCUACUCUAUGCAGACCCCCAGGGUACCCCGGUGUCCACUCAGGACCUGCCUCCCCAAGUUGAAUUCCAGUUAUACAGCAGGACAUGCUAUGAUAGUGAAGAUUCAGGGAGGGAGCCUUCCAUCUCAAGUGAUACUCGAACAGAUUCCUCAACGGAGAGCUAUCCCUACAAACACUCCCACCAUGAGUCUGUGGUCAGUCACUUCUCUUCUGAUUCUCAGGGGACAGUCAUCUAUAAUGUGGAGAAUGAUUCCAUGUCUCAGAGCAGUCGAGACACAGGACACCUGACUGAUAGUGAAUGUAAUCAGAAACUCACAUCCAAGAAAGGGUCACUGAUAGAGCGCAGGAGGAGCUCUGGCCGGGUUAGGAGGAAAGGCGAUGAGCCACAGGCUUCAGGGUACCACAGUGAAGGAGAAACACUGAAGGAGAAGCAGGCUCCUAGGAAUACCUCUAAGCUAUCCAGCAGUACCAACAGGCUAAGGGAUUUUAAAGAGACAGUCAGUAAUAUCAUCCAUAACAGACCAUCCUCCCUGGCUUCUCAGACCAACCUAGGAUCUCCCUGCAAGGGGAGAGGAGACCAGACUGACAAAAAACCUCCUAGGAACCUGCCUUUACACUCUCCUGACUGGGAAGUAGACAGUACCAGCAGUGAGUCAAAAUCCAGUUCUUCUAGCAAGUAUCGUCCAACAUGGAGACCCAAACGGGAGUCUUUGAAUAUUGACAGUAUCUUUACUAAGGACAAAAGGAAGCACUCUGGCUAUACCCAGCUUAGCCCCUUUUCUGAGGAUUCAGCUAAAGAAUUUACACCAGAUGAAGUUAGCAAGCCACCUGUUUACAACAUUAAAACUGGUGGAACAAACCCACAGUACAAGCCCUGGGGCCCACCACGCCCAGGCUCUCACCUCUUAGAGCAGCACCCUCGGCUAAUCCAGCGAAUGGAAUCUGGCUAUGAGAGCAGUGAGAGGAACAGCAGCAGCCCUGUCAGCUUGGAUGCCCCCCUGCCCGAGAGCUCAACUAUCUGCAGGGAUACAAAUGUUAAGAGAUCAGCUGGGUUGGCACCUUCCUGGCGUCACAUCCCGAAGUCUCACAGCAGUAGCAUUCUGGAGGGGGGUGCUACAGCGCCCAGGAGUGGCUGGACGAAGGAUCAGCCCCUCUCAGUUGGGGAGAUAUCUUCCAAAAGUGAACUGGAUGAAUUGCAGGAAGAGGUGGCCAGGAGGGCCCAGGAACAGGAACUUCGAAGGAAACGAGAGAAGGAAUUAGAGGCAGCUAAAGGGUUUAACCCUCAUCCCAGCCGCUUCAUGGACUUGGAUGAACUGCAGAGUCAGGGGAGGAGUGACGGCUUUGAGAGGGCCCUGCAAGAGGCAGAUUCAGUGUUUGAAGAGUCGCUGCAUCUGGAACAGAAGGGUGACUGUGCUGCAGCUUUGGCUCUGUGUAACGAAGCUAUCUCUAAACUAAGACUUGCCCUGCAUGGUGUCAGCUCUAGCACGCACAGCAGAGCCCUAGUCGAUAAGAAGUUGCAAAUCAGUAUUCGAAAAGCACGGAGCCUGCAGGAUCGCAUGCAGCAGCAAUCAUCGCAGCAGCAGCAGCCGCCGUUGCAGCCCUCAGCUUGCCCCCCCUCACAGGGGGAGGCCCUCCCUCAGCCAAUAAGUGAACAACCUAUCUCGCUCCAAGUAUUACUAAGCCGGGAGGCCCAGCUGGAACCCUGCACGAAUACAAAGUUUGGGGCCAGUUCUUUUGUCCAUUCACCUGCUUCCUGCCAUGAGUCACACUCAUCACUCUUCCCAGAGUCAUCUGCCCUGUCUGCUCCACAGCACAAUCCCCCUAACAGGUCUGCCUUGAACCUUCUGACUUCAGUUGAGGUGGACAGCACUGACCCCUCUGCGUUCCACAGGCAGGGCUUACCUAAAACACCAGGGAGGACUGAGAAUGCUCAUCAUGGUUGGAAACUCUUAGAUGUACCAGAGAGUAAGCUGCAAAGCUCCUGGGGUGACAACAGCUGCACCAAGUUCCCCCUACAAGAAGGAAGAGGCAUUGAUCAAGAACAGCUAUUCCAAGAAAAGAGGGAUCCUGCUGAGUCAUUCCAGGUGAUGCUUUGGUCACACCCACCUGGAAUAGCCACAUCUGAGAAAGGAGAUGCACACAGCCUAGGCUGCAGUCCUUCAAGUUUAUCAAUUCAGCCCAGCCUUCCCCUGUACAGGGCCUGCCACCCCAUAAUGCCUGUUGCUUCCUUGACUCUGCAUCACUCUCCUGAUACUGUACAGAAAACUAGCAAAUGCCUCCAAACCAAAAGUCUCAAAACUUUGACUUCAAAAGUGGACAGAGGCAGUGAAGAUCCCCAUAGACCAGAGUUUCCCAGCACAAAGGGGCUUGUCCGCUCUCUAGCAGAGCAGUUCCAGAGAAUGCAGGUUGCUCCCACAAGGGAUGAUACAAGUUCCCAGAAUAGAAGUCUGCCAAAUAAUCUAAGGAAGAACUCUUCUCCUUCCGAUUGUAAGCCUCCUUUUUCACAGAGUCAAGGGAAAGGCCUCUGGCUUUGGGAAAAACAGCAAAUCUUUUUGGAUGAUAGGGACAGACUGCCUUCCUGGGAAGAGCCUGCUAAUUAUCCUUGUCUUGACAUGCAUGCUGGGCUGCCUAAUGGUGAAACCUCUAGAGGAAGACAGCCCAGGUUGGCAGAGCCAGGUAUGUACCAAGGGAAGGCAUCUCAAGUGAGAGAUGCUAGGCCCAAAGAGCUGGGCACCAGUAUCGACUUGGGGACUUCCUUGCCUUUGGAUUCCUGGGUGAAUGUCACAAGGCUCUUUGAUUCUCAGCUUAAUAAUCAUGGGGUCCCUAGGGUAAGAAUGAAGUCCUCCUCCCAUGAUUCCCACACCUGUGUAGCAUACCCAGAAAGAAACCACAUCCUUUUGCAUCCACAUUGGAACCAAGACACAGAGAAGGAGGCCUCAGAAUUGGAGUCUUUCUACCAGGCCAGUCUUCAGGCUUCUCAAGCUGGCUGUUCUGGAUGGGGGCAGCAGGAUGUGGCGUGGCACCCACUUAGCCAAACAGACUCUGCAGAUAGCGUGGUGAGGAGGUUGCCCUCAGCCUCUGGCCUUGGUCUCUCAAAGACUCCAGCCGCAGAAAUGCAGCAAGGUCUCCAUGAAGCCAGGACAGUGCCUGCUUCUCAGGAUUCAUCAGAUAUGAGGAAAAAGCCUUUGGAAACUGGGCACCGUUGUUCCAGCUCCUCUUCCCUCCCUGUCAUCCAUGACCCUCCUUUGUUUCUCCUUGGUCCCCAACUCUAUCCACCCCAACCACAGUUCCUGUCCCCAGAAGUCUUGAUGCCCAGCAUGGCAGGGGAGCCCCAUAGAACCCCAGGAACUUCGAGGAGUAUCCAGCAGUUUCUGGCUAUGUGUGACAGGGGUGAAAGUUGCCAGGGGGUCACGUACACAGGAAGGACUUUGAACUACCAGAGUCUUCCCCAUCGUUCCAGAACAGAUGCCUCCUGGGGAUCAUGGUCAGAGACCAACCAACAUACUGGAGCCAGAUUCCUGAGUACUCCAGGGUGCAAGCCUCAGCUAACACACACUGCCACACUACCUGAAAGAUACCAGGGUGUUCAGGUUCCUCAUGCUCAGUCUUGGGGGGAUCUUUUCCACUCACCCUCCUACCCUCCCAUUGUUCACCCUGUGUCCCCACAAACAAGCAAUCUUCAUGUACCCUCACGGUUCACUUGGAAUUCAGGUCCUGUCCCGGGGACUAAAGCCCCUGGUCCUCGAAGAGUAGAUAUGCCCCCAGAUGAUGACUGGAGGCAAAGAAGUUAUGCUUCACAGUCUGGGCACAGGAGGACAGGGGGAGAUGAAUUUCUGUCUGUUCUAGCAGAUGCCUCUGGAAGAGAGCAAAUCAGGGCCAGAGCCCUACAGCAAAGCAGGUGGUAAGGGUCACCCCUUUCCUUUUCUGGAGCCACAGCUUUCUCAACCUAUACUGUGGCAAAACUGGUACCCUGCAUCCCUGCCAGGGUUGUGCUAGUCUCAUCUCAACAUACAGUUGGCAGUUUCUCCUAGGGGUGCCAGGAACGCUUAAUGAGACCUGGCUCUUUGAGAAGGAAUAUUUGAAAUUCCAAUUUCCAUUCACCUAGCAAAAGCUAUCAGCUGCUGUUUAGAGCUUUAUUUGAGCCACUUUAAAGAUGAAUCCAUAUUACCUGGAUCCCAAAGCCAUUCUUUAGGAUCUUAGGGUCACUGUUUUAUUCCUGGAUACUUUAUGCCCCCAACAUGCUCCUGAGCCCUCAUCCUCUGUUCUCUACUAUAUUGCCAACUUUUAUUCUUUGUUUUAUCUGUCUGUCCCUAUUUCCUGACCUUCUGUAUUCCCCAUCUCAUCCUUGGAGAGACAUAUAACCCUGUGGAUCUGACCACAUCAUUCAAGGAAGCCAACCUGACCAGGUAUCAUGGACUGUCACUCUUCCCUGUGCCCCCAAACUUGAGGCCUAGAACGCAGAACUGCCAACAUAACAUUUGUCCUUCUCAACAGAUGGAGUCAGGCACACUAACACCCCCUGUCCUCAGCAGCACAGCCAUUACUGCCACUUGCUCAGUCACUGUUGUAAACCCUCAGAGUCAGCUGAACUAUUUUACUGUUUUUGUAAAGUAUUUUUCAUUAAUAAAUCUAUAAGAUAGUUCUAUUUAA